AUGCUCACAGACAUACAGGCGCAAAUCCAACCUUCUCUUGAGGAGGUAAAUUCUAUACUUGCCAAAUCAAAAUCUUCUCAGUAUCCUCCCAAUCUCGUUCCUUUGAGCGCUCAAAUUGCUGCCGAUCUUUUUACUCCUACACAGGCCUAUCUCAAGGUCUCUGAGAACUCAAAACUCUCCUUUCUCUACGAGAGCGCUGCUACCACUGGAACAAUUGGCCGGUAUAGCUUUGUGGGGGCAAAUCCACUCAAGGUCAUCAAAUCUGGCCCUGGUCAUGGCCCGGAAGAAGAUCCUCUUCCUAGGCUCGAGGAAGAGCUGUCCCAAUACCGGGUCGCAACCGUUCCUUCGCUUCGACUUCCACCCUUGACAGGUGGUGUGAUAGGGUAUGUCGGCUAUGAUUGUGUGCGAUACUUCGAACCCAAGACAGCCCGACCCAUGAAGGACGUGCUCAAUUUGCCCGAGAGUUUCUUCAUGCUUUAUGACACUAUUGUCGCCUUUGACCACUUUUUCAACGUUUGCAAAGUUAUCACAUAUCUGAAAGUACCUACCACCGAAUCGAAGUCUGAUCUUGCAGAUGCUUACGCCAAAGCGUCUCAGACAAUUCAGAGGACCAUCUCAAUACUUCAGGCCGAGCACAUACCACUUCCCUAUCAACCACCUAUCGCGCAAAAUCAACCCUCGAAAUCGAAUAUUGGUCAGACAGGAUACGAAGCACAUGUUACACAACUUAAGAAACAUGUGUCCGUCGGUGAUAUUAUCCAGGCAGUCCCGUCCCACCGAAUAUCCCGACCCACUACACUGCACCCAUUCAACAUUUAUCGCCAUUUACGCACAGUGAACCCUUCCCCUUAUCUAUUCUACAUUGACUGCGAGGAUUUCAGCAUCGUCGGAGCAUCGCCGGAAUUAUUGGUCAAAGAGGAAGCAGGCCGUAUUAUCACUCAUCCAAUUGCUGGCACGGUGAAAAGAGGUCGAGACCCCGAGGAGGACGAUGCUCUGGCCGAUGAGCUGCGAAAUAGUCUAAAGGAUCGGGCUGAGCAUGUCAUGUUGGUGGACUUGGCAAGGAACGACGUGAACCGUGUGUGCGAUCCUCUGUCUACCAGAGUAGACCGGCUCAUGGUGGUGGAGAGAUUCAGCCAUGUCCAGCAUCUCGUCAGUCAGGUCUCUGGAGUGCUGAGACCCGGUGAAAAUCGAUUUACAGCAUUCCGAAGCAUUUUCCCCGCCGGGACAGUUUCCGGCGCACCAAAAGUAAGGGCCAUGGAGCUCAUUGCGGAAUUAGAACGCGAAAAGAGAGGUGUCUAUGCCGGCGCAGUUGGAUAUUUUGGAUUUUCGCGAGUUUCACAGGACGGAUCAAAAGUCGAAGAUGAGGGCGCAAUGGAUACUUGUAUUGCACUACGUACCAUGGUGGUUAAGGAUGGAGUUGCAUACCUACAAGCUGGUGGUGGAAUUGUGUUCGAUAGUGUCGAGGAGGAUGAAUGGAUCGAAACUAUGAACAAAUUGGGCGCUAAUAUUAGAACGAUUGAGGAGGCGGAGAGGAAAUAUAUUGCCCAAGAGAACCGGCAGGCUAACGGACGCUCGAAAUAG